AUGCAUCAUCUAGACGAACUUAACCGAAACCGUGCCCUCAAUCUUUAUCUUCUAACCCCAGAAGACGUUGUACCGCCUAUCCAACGAACAUUUGUAGUUACAAAACAUCAAUAUAAAAGUAUUAUAUUUCCCAAUGAAUUUCUUAUAAAAAAUUAUAAUUAUCGAUUAUUAGUAAAUUUACAUGAAAUUGAUUAUCCUGGAAGACAAUGCUUUCGCACCCUUAUUACCGUCCUCUCAAAGAGUAAAAAAUAAUUCAAGUCCUGGGCAAGAAGAAGAAAAAUCGAGAGAAGAGAUGCUUUCGCAGAGAAGAAGAGAAAGACUAAGGUCAAAAAGCAACAAAAAAAGGAUGAUUUUUAAAGACGGAUGCCCGACAUGUGGACAAGAGCACAUUCCUGUUGAAUAUUUCAACCAUAGACAUAUAUGCUCAAAAUGCAGAGAGUAUAUAAAAACUCCCGAUGGAAGUCCCGUAAAAAUUGUGUUGGACAGAGGGGAAACAAUUUUAGCAUUAGCCUUUGAUGAGAGGAAAAAGUUGAAGCCAGUUGAUCAUCAAAAUCUUAUGAUUUUUGAUAGGCCUUGCUUUGCAAGCUUUGCAGGGCCUGGAGAAUUAGUUGUGUUGCUGUAUGAUGAGGGAUUAACUUAUUAG